GAGGAAUCCUCUGAAGGAGAAGAGGAGGAGGAGGAGGAGGAGGUUUCUGAGGAAUCCCAGGAAGAAGGUGAAGACUGUGAUGAAGAAGCGGAGGUGGAGGGGGAGGAAGGAGAGGAGAAUGAUCGACCAUAUAACCUCAGGCAGAGGAAAACGGUGGAAAGGUAUCAGGCACCUCCUAUUGAGCCAGCACAUCAAAAAAAGCGACAAAGCACUUUGUUUGAUACACACAGAUCUCCUGCAAGAAGAAGCCAUAUUCGAAGAAAGAAGCAUGCAAUUCACAGCAGCGAUACCACUUCCUCAUCGGAUGAAGAGCGGUUUGAGAGGAGAGAAAGUCUAAGAGCAUGGCCAAAGCCAGAAACAGG